AUGAGCUCGCCGAAGAAGACCGACACUUACCGCGAGCGUCACAAAGCAAAGCGUGAUGCUCUGGCUGCCAAGGCUGCGGCGGGGACAACUCAACCGGAGAUUGUCCUCGAAGGUUCCUCUGUAGUCAACGACGCUGUUGACUACGGGGACGACGACGUGGAGAUGGAAGAGGGCGAGGCCUCUUCUAGCAAGCGCAAGGAGUCUAUCGACAGCAAUAGUCUCGACCCGCAUGCCGGGUCGAGACGCCCUCGUGAAGGAGACGACUCGGACGCUUCAAGCUCGAAGCGUUCGCGCGGCGAGAGCGACACUCCGAUCUCUGCUGCAGGGGCUUUAAACUCCCCGCGUGAAGUGGCGUAUUCAAGCUCUCCGCGCGCUGCCGGAGCAGCGCGCGAUCCGUGGAUGCCGUCUACGUCAGAGAUCGCAGACCGUGUAGGCAACACCGUGCCUCCAAACGAAAUCCCGGUGUACGUAUGCAGCGGUAUCCACGACGAUGCUGUUGCGGAGGAGCAGCACUUUGAUCCCGACCGCGACCUAAACGGGUACACGACAAUUCGUGUACCUGUUUGUCUCAAAGAUCUCCGUGCCAAGUUCCUGGCACGCGAGGAACGCGACAAUCGUGGGACUUCGGGCGCUGCAGGUGACUGCAGCGCUCGCACUACCAACGCGCCGGCAGUGCGUGUUGAGCUUCGUACGCCCUCACCAUUUCCGGAAUGUCCUGCAGCAGGACGUCCCGCGGCUCCCAUGUAUCUUGGUGGGGCCGAAACCCUCUCCAACGAAUACGAUAACGAACGGGUUGCCGGUUCGUUUUCGGGAUACUAUGGUCCACAAUACGCUCAACAAUCCAGCGUGUUGAGCCUCGGGCGUCGCGCAUCGGAAGCGGUGGUGGUGGGAACACGCCCCGGGUAUGGUCAACCUGGGGUUGACCUUGGCCCGACGCUCGAGGAGCGGGUCGCUGCUGUGGAGCAGCAUCAGAGCCGGGUGUUCGCCGCUCUGAAGCAGGAGGGGGCGAUCAUGAGGGCUCAAGUCGCUCAGGGUUCGCAGACCGCGUCGGACAUCUCUGUCGACGUGGGAGGUCGCGUCGCGCGCUUGGCCCAGCGCGUUCACGCGCUGGAGCAGAGGUUCGCUCCCGCUGGGCCUUCCGCUUCGGGCCAGCCGAGCUAG